AUGGCGAACACUGCAACCACGCCUUACGACAUUCUAAAUACCUUCCUCGGCGAGUACGGCCGUGUCACUGCUGCGGCGCCUGAAGACCGCGUAGGAGCCAUGUGGAGCGUAAUUCUCACCUCAACGUUUCCUGUUGCGUCAUUCGCAAUAGAGCCACAGUCGAAGAACCCAAGUGGCUAUACGGACUUUACUGUGAGCGAGUGGACCAGUCGCCGGGGAGGCCGGCUCGUUCGUCGGCCCUUCUUGGUCUCUACGACCAAGAAGGCGCCAAGUCGUGGUGCACCAGGCUGGAAGGGUGCUGAGAUACAGCUCAAGAAAUACCUUCGCGGGCACGUCCAAGCGGCGGCUAGAGGGGAAAUAGGAAGUAGCAAACUGUUCGGGGCGGUGGCUAUCGGGACUGAGGUCAAAUUCUAUACAUACAACAAGCUAGAAGGACAUAUCAGUCCAUUGCACAGGCAAAGACAAGGAUUUGAGGUGAUGAAUGACGCUGAGGUAGUGAUCAAACGACUUGAACACACCAAAAGGUCUCAUUAA